UUCCACGGAAGUUUUCAACUAAUGUUAUUGCUACUCUUUAUGCAUAUAGUUUUGCCUCACAGCAUUUUCAUUGAUAUUGUAAGAUGUAUUUAAUUAAAAUAAAUUGAUUGAGUGCUUAUAUUGACGGUCAAUGAUUUUGAGCAGAUAAUUAUAAAUCAAGAUACUAAAGUUUCGCUGCCUGUUGCAUAUAUAGCUAUACGCACGUUAUGUCUAUCGGCGACACCCAUCAUGUGCACGCGAUGGCGCUGUGUACCACCUGAUGAACUGAACAAUUGAAUGAUUAGUCAGGCUAAUGGGAAAUUGUCUUUUGCAGUUGGGCUCAUAUCAAUUUCCUAACUUUUAAUGAACGAAUGAGCUGAAGGUUGUUGCUGUAAUGACAUCAAUAGAGAAAAAACAAGAUGGAACUUGAGGGAAACGAGCUGAUAAAAGAGUAAAGAGGCGCAAUGAAGACAUUAAAAAUAACAAUAAAAUAAAAGUAUUCAUCAAGGCAUUGGCAGACGAAUGUUCGAAUGAAGUACAUUCGUCUGAAGAGAAAUAAAAUAAUACUCCAACAAACAAAGAACAAAUAAAAAAUCAAGUCAUGACAUCGACCAAUAUGAAAGUUCAAAAAUUAAAAACUGGCAAAUUACACUAGAUUGAAAUAAUAAUGGACGUCAUCCUAAUUUAUCAUAGUGUUUCAAGGAUAGAUAAAUUUAUGAAUACUCUGUGAUUUAUUUAAGUAAAAUUGAGUUUGAUUUAAUUUACUGGAAUUCAAGCUUAAGAUUUCAAGACGUUGAAAAUAGCAGCCAUGUAAUCUAUAUAUUAUAAGUACGAGAACAAAAACAACUAUAUUCAGUGAAUUUAAUCUAGGUAUCUUUCCAAGGAUAAAUGACUAAAAAGUUUAGCAAUAGCGAUAAGACAUUAAAUUAAAAUGAAUAACAUAAGCAGAGAAAUACUUGACGUAACCAAUAACAGAAGUCUUGAAAACCUAACAAUUUCUCCUGAUUGUGAUGCAAAUAUGCCAAUCAUCUCCUUACUACAUCAAAUUCUCUAUUCGAUCAUCUGUAUCGUUGGCUUACUGGGAAACACUCUUGUCAUUUACGUUGUUCUGCGUUUUUCGAAGAUGCAAACUGUAACUAAUACCUAUAUAGUCAACCUAGCUAUAGCCGACGAAUGUUUUCUUAUAGGUAUACCUUUUCUAGUAACAACAAUGAGCUUGGGAGUAUGGACUUUUGGUAAAUUUAUGUGCAAAGCCUACAUGACAACAACAAGCAUUAACCAGUUUACUAGUAGUAUAUUUUUAUUCAUAAUGAGCGCUGACCGAUAUAUUGCCGUCUGUCAUCCCAUUUCUUCACCCAAAUUACGGACACCUAUCAUUUCAAAGAUAAUUUCUAUGACGGCUUGGUUUACAAGCGCUUUAUUCAUGGUUCCUGUUUUUCUUUAUGCAAACACAAUGGAAACUCAAAGUGGACAGAUAAGCUGUAACAUAUACUGGCCGGAUAAUCACGGUGGUCAGACGACAUUUACUUUGUACAGUUUCAUUCUUGGCUUUGCUAUACCGUUAAUUUUAAUUUUUAUUUUUUAUUUUCUCGUUAUUCGAAAAUUACAAACCGUUGGUCCAAAGAAUAAGUCUAAGGAGAAGAAACGUUCUCAUCGCAAGGUUACACGACUUGUGCUCACUGUCAUUACUGUAUACGUAUUCUGCUGGUUUCCCUAUUGGUUGACUCAGAUGGCUUUGAUUUAUACUGAACCUAAUCAGUGCCAAUCCCGUGUAAGCAUUACUAUAUUUUUAUUAGCCGGUUUUCUUAGUUACUCUAAUAGUGCCAUGAAUCCAAUUCUUUAUGCUUUUCUUAGUGAUAAUUUCAAAAAAAGUUUUAUGAAAGCUUGCACAUGCGCUGCUGGCAAGGAUGUGAAUGCUGUUUUACAUAUUGAAAAUAGUGUAUUUCUGCGUAAAAAUAAAAAUAGUUCUGAACGCAUGCAAUCGAAUAAGCAUGUCAUAUCACAUAAUUCAAAAAACGAUGCUGAAGAUGAAGAAAACGAACUUGGUCUACUUAUUAGUAAGACUUCAACAACAACAGUAACCAUGACGUCGCGGUCAAAUAUAAUUCCAUCUUCGAAUACUAAAGAUGUAUCGAAUAAACAAAAAGAUAAUAAAGAAUCAUUCAAGAAUAAUACUCACCUCACCCGAGUAUAAAGUAUGCUUACAGAUCAUUGUUGAAAAAAUAUUCUGAAGUUCAAAGUUGAAAACAUAAAUUAAA